UUGGUCAGGUCUCGGGACGCCAUGGCCCGCCUCCGCAACCUGUUCAGUAAGAGUAGCACCCAGCUGGGGGAGCAGAGCUGCACAGGCGAGGGUGAAGACAACACCAAGCUCCUCGGGUUGCCUAAUAUUGGCAACACCUGCUUCAUGAACUCUGCUCUGCAGUGCCUGCUGGGGCUGCCAGCAUUUUGCAGAGACAUCCUGAGACAGAAGAACAUCUGGAGUUCCUCCCCCUCCUCUAAACUGCUAUGCUGCUUUGCUGAGUUACAUCAGGCCAGGCUUUCUGGAGGCACUGUUAAUGCUAAGAAAAAGGAAAAGAAGAAAAUCCUUCAAACAGUCAAACGCUGUCUCUCCGUUGUCAAUGAGGACUAUGAGGACGACGAUGAACAGGAUGCCCAUGAAUGUGUGGUGCUCCUCCUCUUACAGCUGAAGGAGGAGGGUAUGGCAUUAAAGGGCUCACCAGAGCCAUACACCUGCCCCGUGAAGCAGUUAGAAUUCAAGCUGAAGACUUCCCGUACCUGCACCAGCUGUGGAGUUAUAGUUUAUGGUCAGGAGGAUUAUAAUCACCUGUCACUGAGCCUGAGCCAUUACCUGACACACAGCCUGGACCUCUACUUUAAGCCAUCUGCGUUAGAGUGUGCAUGCAGGGUGUGCUCAGGCAGCAUGGCAUCUGUGACUAGGCACUUCCUCACGCUGCCCCGGGUCCUAAUGCUUCAUAUUAAGCGGUUUACUGCAGGCAACUGGGAGCCAGAGAAGGUGGACGAUCCCAUGUCCAUCCCUGCAGAACUGACCCUCCCAGCCCUAUGUGGGGAGACAGCCCCUGUCCAGCAUGGAGCCAGGGCAAGCUCACUGGGGAACAACAACAUGGACAACACAUCUGCAAACUCCCCGAAAGGCACCCUUGAUAAACCAGAGACACCAGCCAGACAAUAUCUACAAAUUGUCAAGUGUGAUCUCACAUCUGGGAGACAACAUGUAUACAGGCCACUACAUCAGUGAUGUUUUGGACAGCCGUGGCAGUGGGUGGCUCUGCCUGGAUGACGCAAGUGUCUUGAGGACAGAUGAGGCCACUGUGCUGAGGGCGAGGGCACAGACGGCCUACAUCCUGUUCUAUGUCUGCAGUGGAGCAGGGGAAGGAGACCAGGCCCCUCAGGACCAGGAGAACCUAUCAUAAAACUCAGGGAGAUGCACAGAGCCCAGGAACCACCUGGAGUAACACCUACCACAAUACCAAGAAACAUCAGAUUAAUCGAAUCAGGCUGCCCUACACCACCAUCAGGCUGCCCUACACCACCAUCAGGCUGCCCUAGACCACCAUCAGGCUGCCCUACACCACCAUCAGGCUGCCCUACACCACCAUCAGGCUGCCCUACACCACCAUCAGGCUGCCCUAGACCACCAAUCAGGCUGCCCUACACCACCAUCAGGCUGCCCUACACCACCAUCAGGCUGCCCUACACCACCAUCAAGCUGCCCUACACCACCAUCAAGCUGCCCUAGACCACCAUCAGGCUGCCCUACACCACCAUCAAGCUGCCCUAGACCACCAUCAGGCUGCCCUACACCACCAUCAAGCUGCCCUACACCACCAUCAAGCUGCCCUACACCACCAUCAGGCUGCCCUACACCACCAUCAAGCUGCCCUAGACCACCAUCAGACACCCCUACUCCACCAUCAGGCUGCCCUACACCACCAUCAAGCUGCCCUACAUCACCAUCAAGCUGCCCUAGACCACUAUCAGGCUACCCUACACCGCCAUCAAGCUGCCCUACACCACCAUCAGGCUGCCCUACACCACCAUCAAGCUGCCCUAGACCACCAUCAGGCUGCCCUACACCACCAUCAAGCUGCCCUAGACCACCAUCAGGCUGCCCUACACCACCAUCAAGCUGCCCUACACCACCAUCAAGCUGCCCUACACCACCAUCAGGCUGCCCUAGACCAUCAUCAAGCUGCCCUAGACCACCAAGGAAUAAUUCUGCUCUAAACGACCAGGGCAACGGGCUUCCCUAAACCACCAGGACAUCAGGCUGCCCUAGACCACCAGUACAUCAGGCUUCCCUAAACCACCAGGACAUCAGGCUGCCCUAGACAUCAGGCUUCCCUACACCACCAGGACAUCAGGCUGCCCUACACCACCAGGACAUCAGGCUUCCCUACACCACCAGGACAUCAGGCUUCCCUACACCACCAGGACAUCAGGCUUCCCUACACCACCAGGACAUCAGGCUGCCCUAGACCACCAGGCUGCCCUAGACCACCAGGCUGCCCUAGACCACCAGGCUGCCCUAGACCAUCAGGCUGCCCUAGACCACCUGGACAUCAGGCUGCCCUAGACCACCAGAGGAAACCGCCUACACCACAAAGCAUGUACCCACUUUAGGCCAUCUACUGUAUGUUUACAAUUAUAUAAAUAUAAAACAUCUCACCGACCGAGUGCAAUUUAUUUUCCUUUACUGUACAUGGUAGUGAAUAAAUGUACCUACAGUGCAUUCAGAAAGUAUUCAGACCCCUUGACCUUUUCCACAUUUUGUUAAGUUACAGCCUUAUUCUAAAAUUCAUUAAAUUGUUUUUUUUUCUUCUCAUCAAUCUAUACACAAUACCCCAUAAUAACAGAAAAAAAAUGAUUUUUAGAUUUCUUUGCAAAUUUAUAAAGAAAACAAAAAUCUGAAAUAUCACAUUUACAUAAGUAGUCAGACCUUUUACUCAGUACUUUGUUGAAGCACCUUUGGCAGUGAUUACAGCCUGGAGUCUUCUUGGCACUCCUGCAUUUCUCCCAGUCUUCUCUGGAGAUCCUCUCAAGCUCUAUCAGGUUGGAUGGGGAGCGUCACUGCACAGCUAUUUUCAGGUCUCUCCAGAGAUGUUAGAUCGGGUUCAACUCUGGGCUCUGGCUGGGCCACUCAAGGACAUUCAGAGACUUGUCCCCAAGCAACUCCUGCAUUGUCUUGGCUGUGUGCAUAUGGUCAUUGUCCUAUUGGAAGGUGACCCCUUCACCCCAGUCUGAGAUCCUGCAUGCUCUGGAGCUGGUUUUCAUCAAGGAUCUCUCUGUAAUAAUAAUAAUAAUAUAUGCCAUUUAGCAGACGCUUUUAUCCAAAGCGACUUAGUCAUGUGUGCAUACAUUCUACGUAUGGGUGGUCCCGGGGAUCGAACCCACUACCCUGGCGUUACAAGCGCCAUCUUUCCCUCGAUCCUGACUAGUCUCCCAGUCCCUGCUUCAGAAAAACAUCCCUACAGCAUGUUGCUACCACCACCAUGCUUCACCGUAGAAAUGGUGCCAGGUUUCCUCCAGAUGUGAUGCUUGGCAUUCAGGCCUAAGAGUUCAAUCUUGGUUUCAUCAGACAAGAGAAUCUUGUUUCUCAUCUGAGGGUCUUGAGGUGGCUUUUGGCAAACUCCAAGCAUGCUGUCAUGUGGCCUUUUACUGAGAAAUGGCUUCCGUCUGGCCACUCUACCAUAAAGGCCUGAUUGGUGGAGUGCUGCAGAGAUGGUUGUCCUUCUGGAAGAUUCUCCAACCUCCACAGAGGGACUCUGGAGCUCUGUCAGAGUGACCACCAGGUUCUUGUUCACCUCCCUGACCAAGGCUCUUCUCCCGAUUGCUCAGUUUGGCUGGGCGGCCAAACUGCCUUUGGUUUUUGUUCUGACAUGAAAUGUCACUGCGGAACCUUAUAUUGACAGGUGUGUGCCUUUCCAAAUCAUGUACAAGUAUUUUUGUUUUUAAUGUUGUUUACAUUUGCUAGAAUUUCUAAAAACCUGUUUUCGCUUUGUCAUUAUGGGGUAUUGUGUGUAGAUUGAUAAGGAUUUUACAUUUUUUUGUCCAUUCUGAAUAAGGCUGUAACGUAUGUGGGAAAAGUCAAGGGGUCUGAAUACUUUCCGAAUGCACUGUACAAGAGGCAAUCCCUAGUGGAAAAAGUUAAUAUUACAAUAAUACUGUGUGUCUGUGCACAGUCUAUAGACUACGCGCUCCCUCAGGGCUUCAAUGUAACCACCAAUGAAGUAAUGGAACAAUGUAUGGCAAUGUAACAUGGACCAUACGUCACAUAUCAGUUUGAAGACAGUCUUUCCCACAACUACUGUGGGAAAGACUAAGAGGACAUCAACGUGUUGCACAAGAAUGACAGAAUAAA